GGGACUGAUGGAGCAUUUGGCUUCCCCCUCUCAGGAAUGGCCAUGAAGGUGCUGAUUGUAACACUGAUUCUGGUCGCUGCAGCCCAGACAGAGGAACAGAAUAAGGUGCUGCAUGGUGGACCCUGUGAGCAGACGUCCCACCCCUACCAAGCUGCCCUUUACACCUCAGGCCACUUGCUCUGUGGGGGGGUCCUCAUUCAUCCACUGUGGGUCCUCACCGCUGCCCACUGCAAAAAACCGAAUCUUCAGGUCUACCUGGGGAAGCACAACCUUCAGCAAAGGGAGAGCUUCCAGGAGGAGGGCUCUGUUGUCCGGACUGUGGUCCACCCUGGCUACAGCGCCGCCGUCCAUGACCAGGACAUCAUGCUGUUGCGCCUGUCACGUCCAGCCAAAUUCUCUGCGCACAUACAGCCCCUGUCCCUGGAAAGAGACUGCUCAGCCAACCACACCAGCUGCCACAUCCUAGGCUGGGGCAAGAUGGCAGAUGGUGAUUUCCCUAACAUCAUCCAGUGUGCAUACCUCCACCUGGUGCCCCGCGAGGAGUGUGACCGUGCCUACCCUGGCCAGAUCACCCAAAACAUGGUGUGUGCCGGGGAUGAGAAGCACGGGAAGGACUCCUGCCAGGGUGAUUCUGGGGGUCCGUUGGUGUGUGGCGACCGUCUCCGAGGCCUUGUGUCAUGGGGUAACAUCCCCUGCGGAUCCAAGGAGAAGCCAGGCGUCUACACCGACGUCUGCAGAUAUGGCCACUGGAUCCGAAAAACCAUUCAGGCCAACUGAUCCUGAUAUGUGACCUCCAUUUC